AUGUAUAACUUAACAAAAAGCAAUAUAGACAAUAAAUAUAGAAACCAAUCACAGCCAAAUUUAGAACCAAAUUCAUUUGGCAAUACAGAAAGUGUAGAGAAGCAAAUAAAGGUCGAAUAUUCUGACGAAACUUUUGACCAAAACCGUCCUUACGAUAAUUUUGAUAGUGAAAAGACAGAAAUUACAUUUAAUUUUGAUGAUCAAGAAAUUUUCGAUUUGAAUAAGUUAAAAUGUAUCACAUGUAAGGUACUUUUAAAUAGAACCGUCGAUAAUGAAGAACAUAAAGCUAUAAAAAAGGCUAUUUCCAGCAUUAUUAAUACACUUAACAAUAAAAAUGACGAAAAAAGAUCAGUAAACACACAAACUGAUGAAGUCUCAGUUAUUUCUAUUGAGGAAUACAACUUCAUUAAAAUUAUGAUCAGAAAUAAAAUGAUGAAAGUUUUGUCACACAUAACACAAAAAAAUUCCAAUGAUAGCUCGGUUAAUAACCAUCCACAAACCACAAGGUAUGAAAAUAUAUUAAAUUUUGGCAAUGAAUCUAGUUGCGAAGCAGUUUUCAAACAAUCAGAAAAAAAUAAAUCAAUAUACAUGGAUGUGUAUAACUCCGUUAUUAAAGAAAUGCUACAUCCUGCAAUCGAAAAUGAAGAAAAUAUGAAGAUCAUUUUUAAUAAAACAUUUACUUUGUUAUCAGAGUUUAUUAGUGAAAUUUUGAAUAAUGAAAUGGUAAAUUUUACAAUAAACUUACCAGAUAAGAUAUCUUUUACUGAUCUUAACAAAAUUAAUAUCAAAAUUGAUAUGAAUGUUGAAACGAGGCUUUUAUUAUCUCAACAUAUAAAACAGCUACAGGAAUUUCGGCAGAACCAACAAAUUGGGUAUCAAUUUUCCACUCAACAGCAACACGAAGAAUCACAAUUUAGAAUGCAGCAAUCUAACAACAGAUAUGAGCAAGUUCAAGGCGUAGAAAUGUACAACACGAACAACUGGCCUAGGGGUUAA